AUCGACGGCGCUGUAAGUGGCACAAUCUAACCGUGCCCGCUACACCAUUCUCCCUAGAGUAACUCCAACAGAUCGAGGGAGAAAAACUCGACCAAGUCGAAACCAUGGAACACGACUUUACCAAAGUGCCUGUCCGACGUUAGAAGACUGUAAAGAUGCCCAGUCUUGUGUCCUGUCAUCGGGGUCUGAUAGUCAUCCUGUCUCUGUCUCUCUGCAUCUUACCCCUCUACACUGAGACCUGGGCCUAUGAAGUAUCAGAUGUGCAGUAUGGGUGUCUGGGCUCAAACGUGACCCUACAAUGUGGAACAUCAGCAAGCAGAAGGAUCGUGGGGGAGUGGCGUCUCAACAGUAGACCUUUGGCAUUGCUAUGGUAUCAGGUGACAUCAGAGGGAGGGUUGGUGCUGCCGCAGGUCGACCUAUCACACGAGGGCAACUACAGCUGUCAUGACAACCACGGGCUCUUGCUCCACUCUGUCAGACUCAAGCUAGGAUAUCCCCCAGAGAAGCUAAGUGUUUCCUGUCAAAUGCCCAAUCAUAGCCUGGUUAUAUGUUCAUGGGUGGAGCCAGUGAAGAGCAACCUACCUUCCCAGUACUAUGCCUCCUACAGGGGGCGGAGCGUUGUGAGUCCGUGUGUGAUUGACCCCUCCCUCCAGUGCUGUAUCAUCGAAAGGCCGUCCAUAUAUCAGCCUUUUCAUAAGUUGAACAUCACCCAGGCCAAUGCCCUGGGCACCGAGACCACCCUCGUAAACAUCCAGUUCGACAAGCUCUUGAAACCGGACCCUCCGGAGGGCUUGUGGGUGGAGGGAGUGCCGGGCUCUCCCAGGAAGCUGAAUGUGAGCUGGCUCUACCCGUCCUCAUGGCACCAAGACUCAGUCCGCUUCCCCCUCUCCUUCCAGCUGCAGUACCGGCCCCUCGGCUCCAAGCAUUGGUCCACUUUGGAGGGCAUGUUCAGCCCCCUGGUGAUAACUGACGCCCUGGCGGGCCAUGAGCAUGAGCUGCAGGUUCGAGCCCGUGACCUGGUGGAGUUGAACAGCCAAUGGAGUGGAUGGAGCCCCCUGCAACUGGCCUGGCCCUGGACAGAUCCCAGCCCAGAGCCAGAGGAGUUUGAUGACAUAUUCCCGUUUCCUACUGAUGAACCAGAUGAACCUGACAGCAAAACCUCCACUGAGAGCUCUCGCAGACCUGAGGAUGAUGAUGCUGGUGUGGGCCUGGUCAUUCUCAUGGCGUUGUUUGCUGCCUUCAUCUUGGUCACUGUGACCUUUCUCUUCGUCCUGAUGUGGGUGAGGCAGAGAAGGCAGGAAGAAGGGACCAAACAGGAAGUGACCUCCAUGGUGAAGUUGAAGUCAAUGCCAGUCUAAGCCCUUGUGGGUCAUACAGAACAGGAACACACCCCAGUCGCAGGGCGUGCCAGCCACAUCACACAACCCACAAUGCACCUGGAGCCUCCACACGCAAUGACCCACAAACCAUCUGGAGCGUGUCUGGUCAAGGCGCCUCUUUGGACUAGCUCCUCUCUGGGGUCACAUGACUGAACCUCAAACCUCACAGCUGCAUUUGGACUGGAUGUGGCCCACCCAAUCAGAAACAAGGCCGUUAUGUUCUAGAAAAACUGCCAGCCCCUGAACCCAGAAGUGCGGUCCGGUUCUCUCACAGUUCUGUUCUCGUACUGUGUGUGAGUUCCCGGAAGAGAACUUCAUCUCCGUUGUUUAUGUGACUGUUGGAACGCUGUACAGCCAGCUGGGCCCACCGGUUGGCUGAGAGCAGGCAGCAUCGAAGGGCAUUAUUGGUCACUUAUUGGUCCACUAGUUGUGGAAGUACAUCUCCUGCUAUUGGCUGCUUACACCCAUCACAUGACGAAGGGGACGGGAGAACGUGGAUCUGAUGACAUCAGUGGUUUCCAGCUCUCCUGUGACUCUCCCUUCCUCCCUCUCCUUCUUUUUCGCCUUCUCUUUCCCCUGCUCUCUCUCCUUCUCUCCCUCCUUCUCUUCCUCCUUCUCUUCUUCCUUCUCUUCCUUACCUUUAUAGGUUGCACUACCCCUGACCCAGCCCUCCUCCCUCCACUCCCCCCCCCCCCUCAUCCCACCUUCACAAUCCUCCCCAAAUCCAACAGUUCUCAGACCCACCACUAUGGGGAUGAGACACUGG